AUGGUGGCUGGCUGGCGGAUCUGGGAGCUGGAUCGGCGGCGCGGGCCCCCAGCAGGGCUCAUGGGCCGCGAAAACUCUGCCCGAGAGAGGACAGGGACGUCGGGGGGUGCCCUGACGACCACAAGGAGGGGACGAGAGGCAGGACCGACGGUGCGGGCGCGGCUCGAUCAAUACAACCGGCGCAACCUAACCCGCCGGCUGCCCCCUCAGAAGCCGCGGUUGGCUGACAACACUGAGAGGGGAGGGCCUUUUCCGCUCCAUCCCGCCUCCUUCGGAGAAGCUCCACCAAUUGAAUGUUCCGCUCUAUCCGGAGGCACGGGGCCUGGGUUCCGCGCGGAGUCGCUGCAGCGGCAGUCAUUCCUCACGCUUUUGUUCGUAAGCUUCUAUUCCAAGGACAAUGAAGGCAGUUGGUUCCGCUCCCUCUUUGUCCACAAGGUGGAUCCCCGGAAGGACGCCCACUCGACCCUGCUGUCCAAGAAGGAGACCAGCAACCUGUAUAAGAUCCAGUUUCACAAUGUGAAGCCUGAGUGCCUGGAUGCCUACAACAGCCUGACGGAGGCUGUGCUGCCCAAGCUGCACCUGGAUGAGGACUACCCAUGCUCGCUCGUGGGCAACUGGAACACGUGGUAUGGGGAGCAGGACCAGGCAGUGCAUCUAUGGCGAUUCUCUGGUGGCUACCCAGCUCUGAUGGACUGUAUGAACAAGCUCAAAAUCAACAAGGAGUACCUGGAGUUCCGGAAGGAGCGGAGCCAGAUGCUGCAGUCCAGGAGAAACCAGCUGCUCCUUGAGUUCAGUUUCUGGAAUGAGCCACUGCCCCGAGCAGGCCCCAACAUCUAUGAGCUGAGGACAUACAAGCUUAAGCCAGGAACCAUGAUCGAGUGGGGGAACAACUGGGCCCGAGCCAUCAAGUACCGGCAGGAGAACCAGGAGGCGGUGGGCGGCUUCUUCUCACAAAUAGGAGAGCUCUACGUUGUGCACCAUCUCUGGGCCUAUAAAGACCUGCAGUCUCGGGAGGAGACUCGAAAUGCUGCCUGGAGGAAGAGGGGCUGGGAUGAGAAUGUCUACUACACAGUCCCCCUGGUGCGGCACAUGGAAUCUCGGAUCAUGAUCCCCUUGAAGAUCUCGCCUCUUCAGUGAUGCUGCCUCUGCCUCCUUUCCCUCCUCCCU